AUGUGGUUUCGCUCCUUUGCUUGCUUCUUUCUCCUAGCUUCUAUUUUCACCUUUUCUAAAUCCGAAAACCACGAUGACGACUCCUACGCCAAACACUGUUCUUACUUACUUCCUCCAUCCACUAUCACCCAUCGCAGCUACGACGAUGACUUCCUACCUUCCCUCUCCACACCCUACUUCACCGGCGGCGACACUCUUCUCCGCAUGGAACCAGGCCGCCGCUACCACUACAUGCAGAAGACUCUCCGCCUCCGCAUCCUACCCAAUUUAUACAAAACCAACACCUCCGGCCUCUACAAGCUCCAAGGCUUCCUCUACAUCCGAUUUCCCUACUCCUCCGACCACGAUCUUCACUCCAAUUACACCUACGGCGGCUAUUACCGCCGCCGCAAUCGCUCUAACGGAUCGCUCAAAUUUCCGCUGACCGGAUUCUGGUCGGUGAAAUCGAGGAAGCUCUGUAUGACCGGAUCCGUUCGGUGGAAAGGCGCCGAUCGUGACGCUGUUCUCAAGCUCAAAUUCGCCGGCGAGGAGAAUCCGAGUAUUAAUAGCAGCGUUGUGAGCGGGAGUUUGGAGAGCACGAGUGAUCCGCCCUACUUUUCCCCAAUUUUGAUUUUCAAUUUUCCACAGCUCUCCAAUUACAAAUACUCAUUGCUCACCAAGCAAGUGUUUCCGAGGCAAAAAGAGGAGCCUCUGAGCCUCGAAGCACUCGAGUUCUGCUCGUUUAUGCAGCUGGGGAUGAGAUCUCUCGAAUUGGAGUAUGCGGCGAACUGCACCGGAUCUCAGCGUUGUUCGCCACUUGAUGGCGGCGAUGGAUACCUGCCUCGCUUUCUCUCUGUGACUUCAAUUGAGUGUGUGGAGGGGUCGAAAAAGGCAAGGUUUAUUGCAAAAUUUUUGAAUUCGAGCUAUGAUUAUGAUUAUAAUAGCUUUGAUACGCGUUUGAUGGUAAUCGGAGAGGCGGCGUGGGAUGACGAGGGCAAUAGAACGAUCGGCGUAGCCUGUCGAUUAUUGAAUCCUUCUCUCGAAUUGGGGGAAGUUGUGGUGAAUUGUACAAUUAGGUUGGUCAUCAGCCAACCUGCUGUCAUCACCAUGAGAAAUGAUGCCAAAGUUGUUGGGCAAAUAUGGAGCUCCGAUGACCAAUUCCAACGGAUAAAUAUCACCAGCAGAGACGAGAGGGGGUUGCCGGAGCAGAGAUAUGAAUACAAUUACACAGAGGUGGAGAAAGCGAGAAAGGCUUGCACCAUAAAGGAGGCCAAAAAGGGGGAUUUGUAUCCUGAUCCCCAAUCCUAUGAUAUGAGACUUGAUUUGAAUGUCAAAGACAGGAAAGGCCAAGAAGUGGCAUGGGCAUCUGCUACACCGGUUUGGGUUGGAAAUGCCUCGUACCAACAUGGAGACGGAUGGGGGGAUAUUCUCGUUGCAAUGGCGCCCACUGGAACAGUGUCUUAUGCAGAAUCCACGGUGGUCGCUGAUCAACCUCUUCAGAUUCCCGACACGCCUGCGAAUAUGACCUACAAAAUACGGAUCCACCCUCACUAUUUUGGCAACUCGAGUAAUCAAAGUAUCUCAUCACCACUGAGUCUCGAAGGGAUGGAGAUCACAACGGAAGGAGUGUACACAAAUGGACACCUCUGUAUGGUGGGAUGUAGAAGGAUUGUUAACGAAUCCUUCACUUUCAAAGACUGUGAUGUUUGGAUGGAACUCCAGCUGCCACCGUUGAAUAAGAGAGACAGCCUUGCAGAGGGAGUCAUCAGAAGCACUAGAACAGUACAGGAUCCGCUUCACUUCGAUGAUCUCAUACUCCAAACUUUUGUGUACUAUCGUGGAGAAGCUGAGCGAUCCAUAUGGCGGAUGGACUUGGAGAUCGCGAUGGUGUUGGUAUCCAACACGCUUGCCUGCAUCUUCCUAGCUCUGCAGAUCUUCCAUCUCAAGAAGAAUCCCGAGGCACCCUCUUCUAUCUCGCUUGUCAUGCUUGUAGUACUAUCCGUGGGGCACAUGAUCCCGCUCGUGUUGAACUUUGAGGCCGUGUUUUUGGGGAGUCGGGAUAAGAAGACUGUAGAGCUUGGUAGCGGAGGAAGGCUUGAAGCUAAUGAAGUCGCGGUUAGGGUAAUCACAAUGGUUGCGUUGCUGCUUCAGCUGCGCCUUUUCCAAUUAGUCUGGACCGUGAAACAGAGCUCGUGGAGCGAAGAGAAGAAGGCUGGUUUUGGUUCCUUGUUGUUGUACAUUUUAGGUGGAUUGCUCACUCUAAUGAUCAACUGGAUGAGGAAGACUUAUAUUGGUUGGAGAUAUUCUGUUUGGGGAGAUUUAAGGUCUUAUGCUGGUCUGAUUCUUGAUGGCUUCCUUGUGCCGCAAAUCCUGCUCAAUGUGGUGAGGGGCUCAGCCGAGAGAGCCUUGUCUCGUUCGUUCUACAUUGGGACAAGCGCGGUUCGAUUGGUGCCACAUGCUUAUAACCAGUACAGGGCUCACAGCUUCUCAAAGUUUGAUCUGAAUGCAACCUACUACUACGCGAAUCCAGCUGCGGACAUGUACUCGACCGCUUGGGACAUCAUAAUCCCGUGUGGGGUUAUCACGUUGGCGGUGGUCGUGUUUGUGCAGCAGCGGCAUGGCGGCCGCUGCAUUCUUCCGAAGAGACUGAUGAGGGGUUUGGAGAUGUAUGAGAAAGUUCCCACAGCUGAAAAUAAGUGA